AGCAGCGGCGGCAGUAACAGUAACAGCGCGGGGAGGAGGAGGAGGAUUAGUGAAGGAUCUCCUCAUAAUAAAACACACGGGCUGAAAACAUGGGAAACACCGACUCCAAACUCAAAUUCAGGAAAGCGGUCAUUCAGCUCACCACUAAAACCCAGCCUGUUGAAGCUACAGACGAUGCGUUCUGGGAUCAGUUCUGGGCCGACACCGCCACCACCGUACAGGACACCUUCGCUCUGGUUCCGGCUGCUGAGAUCCGGGCUGUGAGGGAGGAAUCCCCCUCCAAUCUGGCAACCCUGUGCUAUAAGGCGGUGGAGAAGUUGGUGCAGGCGGCGGAGUCGGGAUGCCCCAGUGAAAGAGAAAAACAGGUGGUUCUGAACUGCACCCGCAUCCUCACCCGCAUCCUGCCCUACAUCUUCGAGGACCAGGACUGGAGGGGCUUCUUCUGGUCCACCGUGCCCGGCGCCGGCCGAGCCGGGAUGGAUGAGAUGGAUGAUGAUGAUGAAGGAGCUCGGCCGCUGGCGGAGUCACUACUGCUGGCCAUUGCUGACCUGCUGUUCUGCCCGGAUUUCACCGUUCAGAGCCACCGGAGGGGCGGCCCGGAGUCGGUGGAGGACAUGCAGUCUCUGGACAGCUGUGAAUACAUCUGGGAGGCGGGGGUGGGUUUCGCUCAGUCCCCCCCACUCAACUAUAUUCACGACCUGAACAGGACGGAGUUGCUGAGGCUGCUGUUGACCUGUUUCUCAGAGGCCAUGUACCUGCCUCCAUCACCUGAUGGAAACAUCCUCAACCCCUGGGUCACCUUCUUCUGCUCUACAGAGAACAGGCAUGCCCUACCUUUGUUUACCUCUCUGAUUAACGUGGUGUGUGCGUAUGACCCGGUGGGUUACGGCAUUCCCUACAACCACCUGCUGUUCUCCGACUACCGCGAGCAGCUGGUGGAGCAGGCGGUGCAGAUCCUCAUCGUCACCCUGGAGCACGAGGGCAACCAGCCCCACCGCGCUCCCUCCCCCUCCAGCAUGGACGAGCAGGAUUCUGCUGGUCCGGAUAACCUGUUUGUGAACUACCUGUCGAGAAUUCACAGGGAGGAGGAUUAUGACUUUGUGCUGAAAGGUCUGGCCCGCCUGCUGACCAAUCCGCUCACUCAGACCUACCUGCCCAACUCCACCAAAAAGAUCCAGUUCCACCAGGAGCUGCUGGUGCUCUUCUGGAAGCUCUGUGACUUUAACAAAAAAUUCCUUUUCUUCGUGUUGAAGAGCAGUGAUGUGCUGGAUGUACUGGUGCCCAUUCUCUACUACCUGAAUGAUGCCAGGGCUGACCAGUCUCGUGUUGGUCUGAUGCACAUCGGUGUGUUUAUUCUGCUGCUGCUGAGCGGAGAGAGGAACUUCGGGGUGCGUCUGAAUAAACCCUUCUCUCUACACGUCCCUAUGGACAUCCCAGUGUUCACCGGCACGCAUGCCGACCUCCUGAUUGUGGUCUUCCACAAGAUCAUCACGAGUGGCCACCAGCGUCUGCAGCCGCUCUACGACUGCCUGCUCACCAUCGUAGUGAAUGUGUCCCCCUACCUGAAGAGUCUGUCCAUGGUGGCGGCUAAUAAACUCCUGCACCUUCUGGAAGCUUUUUCUACCAACUGGUUCCUGUUCUCCGCUGCUCAGAACCACCAUCUGGUCUUCUUCCUGCUGGAGGCCUUCAAUAACAUUAUCCAGUACCAGUUUGAUGGUAACUGUAACCUGGUGUACGCCAUCAUCCGGAAGCGCAGCGUCUUCCAUCAGCUGGCGAACCUGCCCACCGACCCAGCGUCCAUCCAGAAAGCUCUGCAGAGGAAGAAGAAAUCUCCAGACGCCAUCUCUCGCACCAACUCCCUGGAGACCGUCUCCAUGGAGGGAUCUCGACCCGCUGUACCUGCAGAGCCCGGCACCUUGAAGGCCAGCCUUGUUGCUAUGCCAGGUAUUGAUAAGUUAACAGAGAAGUCUCAGGUGUCAGAAGAUGGUACCAUGGUCGCCGUGCCGCAGACAGAGACGCAGCGCUCACCAGAACACAGCGGGCUGGCCGGGGCCAGCGACACCGAGUCCAACUCAGGAAGAGACACUGAGGACGUUUUCUACACCGAGGCAGAGAUGGCAAGAAGACGUCUGUCUAGUGCAUCAUCAGCCGCUACGUACUGGAACCCAACUCCAGACUGGGUUCUGUCCUGGAAGAGCAAGCUCCCUCUCCAGACCAUCAUGAGGCUUCUGCAGGUUCUGGUGCCCCAAGUGGAGAAGAUCUGCAUUGACAAGGGAUUAACGGACGAGUCUGAGAUCCUGAAGUUCCUGCAGCACGGAACGCUGGUGGGGCUGCUUCCUGUUCCGCAUCCCAUCCUAAUCCGGAAGUACCAGGCCAACGCCGGCACCGCCAUGUGGUUCCGCACCUACAUGUGGGGCGUGGUGUACCUGCGUAACGUGGAUCCGCCGAUCUGGUACGACACAGACGUCCGUCUCUUCGAGAUCCAGAGGAUGUGAAGUGGGCGGGGCUUCAGCUGCCUGUCGCCGACUAAAGGAGGGGCUAAUCUAUGAUGUCAGUUCAGCAUUUUUGGCCCCUCCCACUUUGGCUCCCAUUUAAAGCUUACAGUCUUCAACCUGCCAAUCACAGUGCUGUAAUCCAUCCUGCCCCUCCCCCGUCUCACUGGAACCCUGGGUAAAGGAUGGUUAAUUUUUUUUUUUUUUUUUUCGUUUUUAUUUGUUUUUUGUUUUUGUGGAAAGGAUUUAUUGACUUGGAUAUAUAUGUAUAUAUUAAAAUAUAAAUAUAUAUAUAUCUAUAUCAGUGGGCGUGGCUCACUGUGUUGUUGUGAAGGUUGUUGUAGAAAAUGAUGAAUGACAUAUAUAUAUAUAUAUAUAUACAUAUACUAGUGCAUCUCGAAAAUAUUGAAUAUCAUUAUUUCAGUAAUUAAUUCAAUUCAAAAUGUGAAACUCGUAUAUUAUAUAGAUGUAUUAAACACAUAGUGAUCUAUUUUAAGUUUAUUUAUUUUAUUGUUGAUAAAAGAUUAAGGUUUACAGCCAAGGAAAACCCAAAAAUCAGUGUCUCAGAUUGAAAAUUAGAAUAUUAUAUAUUUUUAGACCAAUUGGUACAUUUGGAGCAGUGUGGGCAGUGCGCCAAGUCCUGCUGGAAAAUGAAAUCUUCUCUCCAAAUCAUCACUGAUUGGUGGAAACUUCACUCUAGAUCUCUCCACUCUUCCUCCAGACUCUGCUCCCUUCAUUUCCUUUAAAUGAAAUGUAAAAUGUACUGAUGAUCAGUGAUGGUUUGGAGAGACAUGUCAUCUGCUGGUGUUGAUCCACUGUGUUUUAUUAUCAAGUCUAAAGUCAGUGCAGUUUUGUUUUCCCACAAAAUCUUACAGCACUUCAUAUCUUACAGCUUCCUCUGCUACUGACAACUUUUAUAGAGAUGAGGAUUUCAUUUUCCAGCAGGACUUAGAAAACACUGCCCACACUGCUUGCUAAAAGUAGCAAUAGUUCUUAUAUAAUAUAAUAUUCAAAUUUUCUUUCUGAGACACUGAUUUUUGAGUUUUCAUUGGCUGUAAGCCAUAAUCAAUAAUCAACAAUAAAAAUUAAUUAAAUAAAAAUAAACACUCUAUAUUACUCUAUAGAACUUUUUAAAAUGAUAUUCUAUUGGUUUGAGAUGUACUAUUAUGUAUAUAUAUAUAUAUAUAUAUAUAUAUAUAUAUAUAUAUAUAUAUAUAUAUAUAUAUAUAUAUAUAUAUAUAUAUAUAUAUAUAUGUAAUAAAACCCGGCCUUUUAUUCUUUGUUUCUUUUAUUCUUUCUUUCUUUUCCUUUGUUGAGACCACAGAAUGUUCAGCAGCUUCUACCAUUCAGACUCUCUGCCGAUGAGUCUUUACCGAUCAAUCUCUCUCUCUCUCUCUCUCUCUCUCUCUCUCUCUCUCUCUCUCUCUCUCUCUCUCUCUCUCUCACUGUGGAUGUAUAAAUGAGUUGCCUACCAUAUGAAUUAAUGCUGUUUAUUAAAAAUUACAUAUGUUGUUGUAUAUUUGAUGGGAAGCAUAUCUCUGAGAGCUUUGUGAAUUUGGACUCACGUCGUCCAAUCAGUGAAUGGCAUUAGCUGGCUGGUGUGUGACGUUGGCAUUAACUGUGAUGUGUGUGGCCAUGCUGCUGCCAGUAGAGGGCAGCAUAACUACAGCUUUUUAAUCUCUGUUUAUCGUACAGUACGCAGAUUAAUCCCGCGCUGAUUCUCACUGAUAUCAGAAAGCUCAGAUUCAGGCUGCGUUUCAGGCUGUGACUCGUGUUCCCGCAGUAUUCAACCACAAACUGACUUAUAACAGUUUCAUCAUAAUUUAGCCCAUCAUUGUUUGCAGUGUGUUUAAUGAGAAUUUUGUUUAUGGUGAACCGAUAUCACUAUUUUUUGUCUGCAUAUCAGGUUUGCUAAUGAGAUGGCUGGCCUAUUGUAUGUAAAUAUACUGUGCUCAAUGUUUAAAGUAGAAUUUUUGUCUCAGUGUAAAGACAUAUAUAAAAUAUAUUGAACUCUAAAA